CAAAGCAAGAGGCGCUCCAGCAAUUCAAAACUUGAAACGAGAGCGAGCGAGCGAGAGAGAUGGAGAGGGCGGUGCCGGUGAGGAAGACGCACGCCUCGACGGCCGGCCUGCUCAGCUGGUCGGAGACGGGCCCCGAUAAUGCCGCGGCGGCGGCGGCCACCGCCGCGCCUCCCUCCUCGAGGCCCAGCCUCAAGCCGGCCGGUGGGAUCACGCCGGCGAUGUUCGGGGCGCCGGUGACCGAGCUGGAGGCCGAGGAUCUGAGCAAGAGGAAAACGUGCUCGGGCUCAAAGAUGAAAGAAAUGACCGGUAGUGGAAUAUUUUCUGCACAGAGUGCUGGAGAUUCUGAAACUGGCUCUGGUGCCUCAAAUCCUCCUAGCAAAACAUCAUUAAGGAUGUAUCAGCAAACUGUAACUGGCAUAAGUCAGAUAUCAUUCAGUGCUGAGGGGAGUGUGUCCCCGAAGAAACCUUCCUCAUUGCCUGAGGUGGCCAAGCAACGAGAGCUGAGUGGUACACUGGAGAGUGAAGCUGAUGAUAAAAUGAAGAAGCAGAACUCGGAAGCAAAAAGCAAGGAGCUCAGCGGGAGCGAUAUAUUCGGCCCACCACCUGAGGUUCCUGCUAGACCCUUAGCUGCUCGUAAUCUGGAGCUGCAGGGAAAUUUAGAUUUUGCGCUUCCACAACCAAGAAGCAUCCACACUUCAGUUAAAGUAUCCAAUCCGGCCGGAGGCCCAAGCAAUAUCAUGUUCGGCGAGGAGCCGGCGGUCAAGACCGCCAAGAAGAUCCAUAACCAGAAGUUCCAUGAGUUGACGGGCAACAAUAUCUUCAAAGAAGAAGCUCCCCCUGGCUCGGCCGAGAAGGCUCUGAGCACGGCGAAGCUCAAGGAGAUGAGUGGCAGCAACAUCUUCGCCGACGGGAAGGUGGCCUCCCGUGACUACUUUGGAGGCGUCAGGAAGCCUCCUGGCGGCGGGAGCAGCAUCGCGCUGGUCUGAUAUUCUCCGGAGAGCUGAAUAAUUAGCUGUGGUCAGUCUGUCGAUCGUCUCUGUUGUUAACUUGUUAUCAUCAUCAUCAUUCAAGCGUUAUUGCAUUCUUACCUGAACACUAUACUGUGGUAUCUUAGCUUAUGGCCUGUGUAAGUCAGAACAAUCUGACUCGGAUUAUGUGUGCAUUGUGUAGACUGAUGAACAUUUAUGAGUUAGUUGUUGGUUACCUAUUGUUGUCAGGAAAAAAAAACAUUUUGCAUCCCAAAUACUCUUUCUGCCAGUUAUAAGUUGUAAGUCAUUUUGACUUUGGU